AUGAACACCUCCGUUAUCGCUUUGUACAAAAAGUCAUCGAUUCCGACUUUCGCUGAGAUCUGGGAGACUUAUUUGUCCUCCGAAGAAGCUGCGAAACAAUCGAAGGGAAAAGGCAAGAAAGGAAAGGGCGGCGGUGCUUCGACCAUUUCUGGACAGCACAAGGAGUCGCUUUUCCGAUUGAUGACGAAUCUGAAGGCGACACAGCCCCACUUCGUCCGAUGCAUCGUCCCCAACGAAAUCAAGAAGCCAGGAUUGAUGGAUAACCAUCUCGUCCUCCACCAGCUUCGAUGUAAUGGUGUCUUGGAAGGUAUCCGAAUCUGCCGAAAGGGUUUCCCGUCGCGAGUCGAAUACGACGAGUGGAAGCAGCGAUACUCAAUCCUCAACCCCAACGCUGUGCCAAAGGGCCAGUUCAUGGAGCCAAAGAAGGCCGUCGAAAAGAUCCUUGGUGGCAUCACUGAGAUCGACCCCGAGAGCUACCGUUUCGGCCAGACAAAGGUCUUCUUCAAAGCUGGAAUAAUCGGUUCGCUGGAAGAUCUUCGUGACGACACGAUUGCGCGCGUUUUGAUCAAGCUCCAGACGCAUGUUCGAUGCAAGCUUGCUCGCGAACGAUACGUGCAAACGAUCAACGAGCGAAAUGGCGCGUAUGUGAUCCAGCGAAAUUGGCGAAAAUUCAACGAGCUCAAAAACUGGCCUUGGCAAGGACUUCUCUUCAAGAUCAAGCCCUUACUGAACACGGCUGAGAAGCGGAAAGAAAUGGACGAACUCUUGGCUGAAUACGAAGUGAUGAAGAAGGAACUGGAGUCGGAGACGAAGCUGCGCAAGAAGCUCGAGCAGGACCACGUAAAACUCAUCCAGACCAAGAACAAGCUCAUGUCGGAUCUUCAUGGCGAGAACGACGCCGCUGCCGAUGCUGAGGACCGUUUCGAGAGCCUCAUGAAGACCAAAAUCGAUCUCGAGGGCAAACUCAAGGAGCUCAACGAGCGAAUGGAGGAUGAGGAGGAAAUCUCCACUGAUCUUCAGCACAAGCGGCGAAAACUGGAGACUGAGUGCUCUGAACUCCGCAAGGACAUCGACGACCUCGAAUCCACGCUCGCCAAGGUCGAGAAAGAAAAGUGCAGUGUUGAGGAGCAAGUUCGAUCGAAAACGGACGAGCUCGAUUGCAAAGGCGAAACCGUGGCGAAACUUUCCAAGGAGAAGAAGGCGCUGCAGGAAGCUCACCAGCAGCUUCUGGACGAUCUCCAGGCCGAGGAGGACAAGUGCAAUUCCAUUUCCAAGGCGAAAUCGAAGCUCGAGCAGCAGGUUGACGAUCUGGAGCAGACUUAUGAAAUCGAAAAGAAGAGUCGACUCGAUCUUGAACGACUCAAGCGCAAACUGGAGGGUGAUCUUCGACUGGCGCAAGAGACAGUCAUGGACCUCGAAAACGACAAGCAGCGACUUCAAGAAAAGCUGAAAAAGGCCGAGUUUGAGUACAACCAGCUCUCCACUCGCUAUGAAGACGAGGUCGCCUUGGUCGCCCAGUUAGGCAAAAAGAUCAAGGAGCUGCAUGCGCGAAUCGAGGAGCUCGAAGAAGAGCUCGAAGCUGAACGCGCCGCACGAGCCAAAGCCGAAAAGAGCCGGAGCGAUCUCGCCAGAGAACUGGAAGAACUUUCCGAGCGUUUGGAAGAGGCAAACAACCAAACUCAGGGCCAGAUCGAGAUCAACAAGCGACGCGAGGCUGAAGUCUCCAAACUCCACCGCGACUUGGAAGAACACAACAUCUCCCACGAGUCUAACUUGUCCACUUUGCGAAAGAAGCAUGCCGACACCUCCGCUGAACUGAACGAGACGAUCGACAAUCUCCAGCGGGUGACUCAGAAGCUCGAGAAGGAGAAAUCGGAAAUGAAGAUGGAGAUUGAUGAUCUCAUCGCUACUGUUGAUUCUCUUUCCAAGUCGAAGGUCAGCUUUGAGAAGCAAAGCCGCGUUCUUGACGAGCAGUUGGGCGAAGUAAAGGGCCAGUUCGAAGAGCGAGAGAAGCAGAUCAACGAAGCUUCGGCCGACACAGCCCGCCAGAUGACCGAAAUCAACGAGCUGAAGAGGACCCUCGAGGAGAAAGAAACCAUGCUUUCCCAGAUGACCAGAUCAAAGAACUCGCUCAACCAGCAGAACGAUGAAAUUCGCCGCAGUUUGGAGGAAGAAACCAAGGCCAAAAACGUGCUCGCUCACCAGGUCCAAGCUGCCAAGCACGAUUACGAGCUGCUGAAAGAGCAGGCCGAGGAGGAGAUCGAAGGCAAAAACGAGCUCAUGCGCCAGUUGUCGAAAAUUAACGGCGAAGUCGGCCAGUGGAAAACCAAGUACGAGACUGACGCCGUCCAGCGAACCGAGGAGCUCGAAGAGGCGAAGAAAAAGCUUUCUGGGCGUCUUACAGAAGCCGAGGAAGGCGUCGAAGCUGCGUUGACGAAAUGCUCUUCGCUAGAGAAGGCGAAGGGCAAGCUGCAGACUGAAAUCGAAGACUUGACGGUUGAGCUGGAACGAGCCAACGCUGCCUGCUGUGCACUUGAGAAGAAACAACGCUCCUUCGACCGCGUGAUCGAGGACGAAAAGCUCAAGCAGGACAAAAUCCUUUCUGAUCUUGAAAUUUCGCAGAAGGAAGUCCGAGAGGCGCGCAAUGAAGUCUUCAAAAUCCAGAACUCGUACGAAGAGAGCCUCGACGCACUGGAAUCAGCCAAGAGGGAACACAAACUUCUCCAAGAAGAACUCGCCGAUCUGUCGGACCAACUCGCCGAAGGAGCCAAAUCCAUUUCCGAGCUUGAAAAGGCGAAGCGAUCCAUCGAAGUCGAAAAGAAUGAGCUCCAAGCGUCGAUGGAAGAGGUCGAGUGCGCUGUAGAAUCAGAAGAAGCCAAGACACUCCGGGUCUCGAUCGAACUCGGCCAAAUCAAGGCUGAAAUCGACAAGAAGCUGCAAGAAAAGGAGGAAGAAAUCGACAACGAGCGACGCAACGCAGCGCGAAUGCUCGAAUCCGUGCAGCAACAGCUUGAUCAGGAAACACGGAGCAGAUCUGAAGCCGUUCGAAUCAAGAAAAAACUGGAAGGUGAAAUCUCCGAUCUUGAAAUUCAACUUGCCCAUGCAAAUCGCUGCCUGACCGAAUCAACCCGACAGAAUAAAGACGUCCAGGGCCAGAUGAAGGACCUCCAGAUGAACAUCGACGAUGCAGAGAGGUUGAAGGACGCUGAGGCCGAACAACUGGCUGUUACUGAGCGAAGAAUCAAUCUUCUCCAAGCUGAGAUUGACGAACUCCGAAGCUCACUCGAGCAAGCAGAGAAGGGCCGAAAGAGCGCUGAGCAGGAGCUGAUGGAAGCGACGGAACGGGCGAAUCUGCUUCACACUCAAAACACGGCGCUGGCGAACCAGAAGCGAAAGAUGGAGAAGGAACUCGUAGCCGUUGCGAACGAAGUCGAGGAGGCGAUACAAGAAGCCAAGAACGCAGAGGACAAGGCGAGAAAGGCCAUCACAGACGCGUCGAUCAUCGGUGAUGAGCUGAAGAAGGAGCAGGACUGCGCGGCUCAUCUGGCACGAAUGAAGUCGAACUUGGAGACCCAAGUGAAAACGCUGCAGAACAAGCUGGACGAGGCCGAACAGGUGGCAUUGAAGGGUGGAAAGAAACAUGUCCAGAAGCUGGAAGUGCGGCUCCGCGAGCUCAACGCUGAAUUGGAGAACGAGCAACGCCGAGGCACUGAUGAGAUGAAACACAUUCGCAAACUCGAGCGAAAGGUCAAAGAGGCGACUUACGUCGGCGAAGAGGACAAGAAGAACCUCGAUAGGGCGCAGGACCAAGUCGACAAGCUCCAGCUCAAGGUGAAACAAUUCAAACGCCAGGCCGAGGAGCAGGAAGAAAUCGCCAGCCAAAACACCUCGAAAUAUCGAAAGCUUCAAAACGAACUGGAAGAAGCCGAGGAACGAGCCGACAUCGCCGAAUCCACCAUUUCCAAGAUGCGCAGCAACAGCCGAAUGUACUAA